GCACAGCCUGCCAAGACGAUGACAGUCACUUAUUCAAGCAAAGUAGCAAAUGCCACUUUCUUUGGAUUUCACAGAUUACUCCUAAGGUGGAAAGGCAGCAUCUACAAAUUGCUGUACAGAGAAUUUAUUGUUUUUGCUACUCUUUACACAGCGAUAAGUGUAUUAUACAGAUUUUUUCUUACAGGUAACCAAAAACGGUUCUUUGAAAAAUUAUCAAUUUACUGUGACAAAUAUGCUGAACAAAUCCCAGUAACUUUUGUGCUUGGUUUCUAUGUUACUUUGGUAGUGAAUCGCUGGUGGAACCAGUUUGUGAACUUGCCAUGGCCAGAUCGUCUGAUGUUCCUCAUCUCUAGCUGUGUCCAGGGCAGAGAUGAGUACGGGCGCUUGUUAAGGAGGACUCUCAUGCGUUAUGUGAAUUUAACGUCUCUGCUGAUCUUUCGCUCUGUGAGCACAGCCGUGUACAAAAGGUUCCCCACCAUGGACCACGUGGUAGGAGCAGGCUUCAUGACAAGAUAUGAAAGAAAACUUUUUGAUGAACUUAAGUCUCCCCACUUGAAAUACUGGGUCCCAUUUGUCUGGUUUGGAAAUUUGGCAUCAAAGGCACGAAAAGAGGGAAGAAUUCGUGACAGCGUAGAUCUGCAGACACUGAUGAAUGAGAUGAAUAAAUACCGGUCUUGGUGCAGUCUUUUGUUUGGAUAUGACUGGGUUGGAAUUCCAUUGGUCUAUACCCAGGUUGUUACUCUCGCAGUCUAUACUUUUUUCUUUGCCUGCCUGAUAGGACGCCAGUUUUUGGAUACUGACCAAGGGUAUCAGGGCCAUGACUUAGAUAUUUACAUUCCAAUCUUCACACUGUUACAGUUCUUCUUCUACGCAGGAUGGCUCAAGGUUGCUGAACAGCUUAUUAAUCCAUUUGGAGAAGAUGAUGAUGAUUUUGAAACUAAUUGGUGCAUCGAUAGAAAUUUACAGGUCUCACUUCUGGCGGUGGAUGAGAUGCACAUGAACUUGCCAAGGAUUGAGAAAGAUAUUUACUGGAAUGAUUCCUCUGCCCGGCCUCCCUACACAAAAGCAGCUGCUGAUUACUGUAUUCCUUCAUUUCUUGGAUCAACUAUUGAAAUGGGGCUGGCUGAUACCGAUUUCCUCUAUGGGGAAGAGUGGCCCUGGGAAGAGGAGAAACACCGAAGGCAAUAUUCAGUGUUGAGAAGAGUCAAGAGAUUUCUCAGUGUCCACGAGGGUCCUGCAUACCCCACUCACCGGCGCUACAGUCGGCAGACAAGUGAGAAUUCGGUGUUUUUCCCAGCAGAUGAAAAGGGGCACAUCAGACGGCUGCAGGAAAUGCACACAAGAGGGAGACACUCUGCCUCCAGCUUCAAAAAGAAACACGAAGGAGUUGACAGAAGUAACAGACUUCACAGUAGCCGAGACCUAGGACCCAUAACUGAAACCUCCAGGAACGAGGCACAGUUUGGUGACAGUGACACCUCAACUGAGACAAACAAGCCAGUUCCUGAGGUCAUCAUCUCUGAAGCCGAGGAAAAUGCACUUGGCACGCUGGACAAAUCAGAUCCGCCAACAGAGCGCUCCUCAAGCAUGCCAGAAGAGAAGCUCCAAAGGAUCCUAGCUGAGGCAAAUGUGGCUCUUCUGAACCAACCUUUUUUCCCCCCAGAAAUGACUACAUACCUCUCAAGCUCGGAGGUGCAUCAGUCACUUCCUACUGUGAUAGGAGAGACCAAACAUGAGCCCCAUGGUAGUAACAUAGCUGGUCUCAUAACAGAUCGUGAGAGAAACCUUCAGCGAUGGAGUUUACCAAGUUUCCAUAGUCCUAAUACAGGACCUAGUACAGCUGACAGUGAACCAUCCUUAGCAGAUUCCAGGACAACUUCACAACAAAAGAUCUUCAGUGAUGGAAACAAUGUUACUUCUGCUGCUGCACCAGAGACAUUUGAGAUGCAGCACUUAUGGGAAAACAUGGACAGUAAAGAAACAGCCAUAGUAGAAUUUUCUAAUGAGGAUAGUGAAAGAAAACUUUGACCAUGCUUCCUCUGGGUUUGACUGAACUUCUUGUCUUCUCUUGAACAUAGUUCUCAUACAGAAUUGCUGAAAGUGCAGAAGGGCAGACUUGAUGCUCAGACAAGUCCUGAGCAAGAUCCAACAGAAGAUUUGGGACCUAAAUAAGAGGCAUUAUGGUGCUUCUUAUUUACCAUCAAUGCACAGGACAGCAAGCUGUGUUGGCUCAAAUAGAGGAAAAAAUAAGGUUAUCAGAAGAGUGGAGACAGUUCUGUCCACUUUGAAUCCACACUGAACACUGCUGCCUUUGUCCACUCCAUCAGGUUAAGGUCCAUGACAUCCUUGUAAGACCUAUGAAGACUUUUGUUUUCUAUUCAAGUGGCUCAAAGGUUCUCUCCUCAGCUUGGACAGAUUCAGCCCACUGUUUCUUACUGCCUGGAGGAACACUUGAAAAAUCAGGCUCCUCAAUUGUGUAAGACAAUAGUAUGCCCCUCUCUGAAGCUGUGCCACUGGAGAAAUAAAAGCAUUAAAUGUUCAAGUUCAUUAAGAAAGAUAGAAGAGGCAAAACUGCUGAUGAGUAGGGCAUGGGAAGUCUUAGUCUUGGUCUUUGCUCCCUGGAGUAUGUAUGUGGCAUACCCAGUGGCUGGUUAGUGUAAAAUGAGGGUCCCAGGUGGCCUCUCUAGUGAUGACAGGGCUGUGGCACUCUCUCAAGGGGUGGUGGAGCUGCAGGGGCAACUGAGCUUAGAACUCCAGUCUCGUGGAGAUCUUCAGCUGGAAGUGCACAGGCUACAGUCAUCCCAGGCAGACAACAAAAUGGCCCAGGACCACUUGUAAAACUGCUUUCCACUUCCUUCCCCUGCCCCCAUUUCCAUGCUUCCAGACACACCACACGCAUUCUCCAUUAACUCAA